AUGUACGCCGCACAGCAGCAGCAGCAGCGCAAGGCGAAUGCAGCUAAUCCCUACACUGCCAACCUCGUCAUACCGCCCUAUCAGCCUCCUCAGGGCCAGCGCACGACCACUUCGACGACGCCGACUGACUUUCUGGCUGGCAAGCGAAAUGAGUACAAUCUCACAACAAAGCAAGUCGACGAGAUCUAUGAGCCUUUAGAGAUGAUCGGCAAGGGCAGCUUCGGGGUCAUUCGCAAAGUACGCAGGCGACGUGAUGGAGCUGUCUUUGUGCGCAAGGAGAUCAAUUACCUCAAAAUGAACGAAAGAGAUCUCAAGCAGCUGUCAGAAGAAGUCAACAUCCUACAGAACAUGGAGAGCAACUAUCACAUCGUGCGCUACUACGAGCGUUUCGUCGACAAAGCCGAAUACGUCGUCUUUAUCAUCAUGGAGUAUUGCGCUGGCGGUGACUUAUCGGCUCUCAUCGGUCGCAACAGACGAGACAACACACUCAUACCUGAAGAUCUCGUCUGGUCGUACUUGACCCAGAUCGUCAUCGCGCUUUCGGACUGUCACUCGGAGACCGACUCACAGAACCGCCCGAAGCAAGUCAUCCUCCAUCGUGAUCUCAAGCCCGAGAAUGUUUUCCUCGACAAGGAUAACAUGAUCAAGCUUGGUGACUUUGGUCUGAGCAAGGCCAUGGCAUCUGCAGCAUUCACCAACACCUACGUUGGCACACCGUACUACAUGUCACCCGAGCUCAUAAACGGUCAAGUCUACGACGCCAAAUCGGACAUCUGGGCUCUCGGCUGCUUGCUGUACGAAAUCUGCGCUCACCACCCGCCUUUUCAUCAGGCGCAGACUCAGCCGGAAUUGACGAAGCUCAUCCGCGAGGGCAAAAUUCCUUCACUUCCGCGUGGAUAUUCCAGCAACCUCUCGAGCGUCAUCAAGAGCAUGCUACGACAGAAUCCGAAGCUGCGACCGACAACGGCGCAACUCAAGACACUCGAGCAGUACAAGCGCGAGGCUCACACGCUUCAGCUCGUGCGCAGCAAUGCACUCGUCAACGAAAAGCGCGAAGCAGUCGAGCGACGAGAAGCACGCGUUGCCGAACGCGAGAAAGCCCUCGAAUUACGCGAGAAGCAGCUGCAAGUCGCCGAGGCAGCAUUCCAGACCGAUCGCGCUCGAUGGGCUCAGGCUAUGGGUCACGGUCUACAGCCUGCUGGCAUUGUGCGCUCAGAGUCCCUGUCAGCUCUGCCUACGGACAACAGAGUGGCCUACGACGGCUCGUCGGAAGAUGAGGACGAUGUCGCCUACCAACGCCAUCGAGCUCAUCGUACCUCGGCCUAUCCUGAGAUGACACUCGCCUUUCAGCGCGCGGUGAUCCGUACGGCCAGCUCACCACGCGCGCCCCUUGGCGAGCGGUCACCUGGCAAUGCCGAUCUGAGCAUGAUGUCGAUUGAUACCCCCGCAACCUACAAAUUCCGUCACUACGAGCCUCAGCAACAGAUGCAGACACCAGGCGGCAAAAGGAUCACAACGAGCAAGUCCAUGCACAACCUGCAGACGCCCCGACAGGGAGCCAACAGUCCGGUGCCGAUGGACAUCAGUCCUCACCUCAGCCCGAGCAAAGUCCCGGUUGCCAUCUCCCGCCGCCGAAGGAUCUCGACUGCUGUCGGUGCCGCCACGCCUUUGCCUCCCUCGCCGACCAAAACGCCGCCUCUUGUGCAUCUCAACAGCGAGCCAGCGGGCAUCACAGAUGCGCAUCAGCGACCUUCAGCAGCAGCAAGGACAGCAACAGCGCCACCGGAGCUGCCGCCGUCUACCUACCAGUACGGCAGCGAGCCAAUCUACGACAUGAAGGAUCAGGAGAACUUGCCUAGUCCGUUCCUGAAGAAGAAGCGUUCUCAUCAGAUGAUCAGUCCGGUACUCGCUCAGCUGGAGCCAGCCCAGCUCAAAGCAUCUCCGGAAUUGACGCAUCGCUCGUCGAAGGAGAUACUAGCACCUUCUGCAGAGAAUGUGGACAACAACAAGGGAGCGCCUGUGAUCCCUUCACGUUCGAAACGACCGACCAUCGCUCGCCAGAGCCUGGCAAACCGUCUUGCUGUACACCGACUUACACAGGCGGCAGAGGCGCACACGAAGGUGUUCGGUGGCCCACAGCAGACGACGGCUUGA